GGCAUUUAAAGUUCUGGAAGAAAAAAGCUGCUGGAAUUGAAUUUGCCAAACAUUUCAGAGCCCAUCUGGGUCCCAUUGAAGGUCUAUCUUAAUGCAGGUCAGUGUUGACGGUUUAUAUUGCUGUACAAUUGCUAAUGACCGGUCGCUGAAAAUCUAUGAUGUUGUUAACUAUGACAUGAUGCACAUGAUGCGACUACCGUUUGUCCCGGGUGCUGUAGAAUGGGUUUACAAGCAGGGGGAUGUUAAAAAUAAACUUGCGGUCGGUGACCGCAACUCCUCGUUUGUUCACAUAUAUGAUGCACAUGCUGAUUCAAAUGAGCCGAUUAUUUCAAGAGAGAUUCACAUUGGACCUUUAAAAGUUAUGAAAUACAACCCCGUCUAUGAUGUUGUCAUAUCAGCAGAUGCUAAAGGGGUUCUGGAAUACUGGUGUCCCACAACCCUUCAGUUUCCAGAAACUAAUGUGAAAUUCAAACUGAAAACUGAUACAAAUCUUUUUGACAUUGCCAAGAGCAAGACAACAGUUUCUUCAGUUGAGGUGAGCUCAGAUGGCAAUCAGUUUGCUGUAACAUCUCCUGAUCGUAGAAUCCGAGUGUUUUGGUUCAAAACGGGUAAACUUAGAAGGAUAUAUGAUGAAUCUCUUGAGGUGGCCCAGGAUCUACAAAGAAGUGAUUCUCCCAUGUACCGGCUUGAGGCGUUUGACUUUGGCCGAAGGAUGGCUGUUGAGAAGGAGAUAGAGAAAACAGAAAACACACCACAACCAAAUGCUGUUUUUGAUGAAAGCUGCAACUUUCUUAUUUAUGCAACUCUAUUGGGUAUAAAAAUUGUGAAUUUGCAUACAAACAAAGUAGCCAGGAUUCUUGGGAAGUUGGAGAACAAUGACAGGUUUCUAAGAAUUUCUUUGUAUCAAAGCGAUAGGAGCAACAAAAGGAUAAGAAAGAUUCCUACAGCAGCACUAAACGUCAAUGAGAGCAAAGACCCUUUGACGGACCCUACUCUCCUUUGUUGUGCCUUUAAGAAACAUAGAAUUUACUUAUUCAGCCGUAGAGAACCUGAAGAAGCAGAAGAUGCAACAAAGGGAAGGGAUGUUUUCAAUGAAAAGCCACCUCCGGAGGAACUUCUGGCAGCUUCAGAUUUAGGAAAAGCCGUGACAACAUCUCUUCCUGAUAGUGUUGUGUUGCAUACAUCACUUGGUGAUAUUCACAUGAGAUUGUACCCUGAAGAGUGCCCGAAGACUGUUGAAAACUUCACUACGCAUUGUAGAAAUGGCUAUUAUGACAAUCUGAUCUUCCACAGAGUAAUUAAAGGAUUCAUGAUACAAACGGGCGAUCCUUUGGGAGAUGGUACUGGUGGACAAUCUAUAUGGGGAAGAGAAUUUGAAGAUGAGUUUCAUAAAAGUUUGAGGCACGACAGGCCUUUUACUCUGUCAAUGGCAAAUGCAGGGCCAAAUACCAAUGGUUCUCAGUUUUUUAUAACCACAGUGGCCACUCCAUGGCUGGAUAAUAAGCAUACUGUUUUCGGCAGAGUUGUGAAAGGGAUGGACGUGGUUCAGGGAAUUGAAAAGGUUAAGACGGAUAAAAAUGACAAGCCGUAUCAGGAUGUAAAGAUCUUGAAUGUUACUGUUCCGAAGUCCUAAGCACCGGCAAUGGCUGGUGGUUGGUUCUCCAUGUUAUUUACGAGUGAAACUCCACGCUCUCAGAAAACGGCCUGCUGUGUAAAAAUUUUCUGCCUUCUGUGGUCUUGAGAUAUCUUUUGGCUACUUAGAGGAUAGUACUCAAUGCAAUAUGCUCUUAUGUUUCGUCUCAGGAUAUUAGGUUGCUGGUCGUUUCACCUUUUCCCCCAUGUUAGGUGCCUAGAGGAAAUUUCUUGUUUAUUUAUGUUUUCUGUACUCUGUUGUAAGGAUCGCGGUACCUUUACUGAAAAUGUAGUGAGUUGUACUCGUCAGUUUGAUUCUUUGCGCUUAACAGUGGGCCUGAUCGGAUAUGAUUAUAUUCAGCCAGCAUUAUCUGGUUCCACUUCAA